CGGAGUACUAGGAAGUUAAAGAUCGUGGCUUGAACCCACCCGUGGACUCUGGCUUCUGGCGGGAAAAGACUUAUCCGCUCAGCAUUCUUGACUUUCGGAAUACCCCUGGCAAUGCCGGUCCAGCCCUGCAAUCCGAUCCAUAUUCUGGACGGCUUUUGACCUCACUGCUGGGCCGCUGGCUGAUAUGCGAGAAACCUGCAUGAUUGUCUGAUGGCUCGUGGAGCACAAAAUAGUUGACAGGUAAGUCCUGACCAUGCUCAGCCUGGUCUUUUGAACGCUCUUGUCAACCUCCUUAAAUGCUUCCCAUUUACUUGUCAACUCCUGGUCAUGCACCAAGAGACAGCUUACGAUAGCAAGUUCCGUCUCUUGCUCGGCAAAUCACCACACUUUGGCUCUACGGUGUUGCCCAUCUAACCCGCCCUCCUCAAUCUCCUGGUCUUUUCCAAGGAUGGGUGCCAGAUUCAUACCAACCAUUGCUUCCCAGUCGUUGGGAAGAGCAUGGCACCACAACCUCGAGUAUAAGCUGAGCUUGUGCCAACGAUAUGCCUUUGAGUCCAUCGAACUAUUCUUCGAAGACCUUGAUGGCAUUGCUCAAUCUUUACCUGUAUCACAUCCGCCAUCAAGUCCUGGGACAUCCUUUGCCGGCUCGACUGAUACCCAAGAAAGGCAACUAGCAGCUGCAGCAUACAUUCAUGAGCUUUGCCUCGCCCACGAAUUGGAAAUAUUAUGUAUUCAACCAUUCAUGCAUUAUGAAGGCCGCCUCGAUUCCUCUUCCCACCAGGCUGCUAUUCAAGAUCUUCAUUUCUGGAUCAGACUAGUUCACACCUUGGGAACGGACCUCAUUCAAAUACCUUCAAGCUUUUUGGAUUCUUCCAAAUGUACAGGCUCUCGCGAUAUACUUGUGGCAGAGCUGAGGGAAGCUGCAGACAUCGGCCUCCGAGCCACACCUCCAAUUCGAUUUGCCUACGAAGCUCUUGCCUGGGGAACACAUGUCGACACAUGGGAUGCAGCAUGGUCAAUUGUCCAAGAAGUCGACAGACCUAACUUCGGCACAUGUAUUGACACCUUCAAUCUUGCCGGACGAAUUUUCGCAGAUCCAGCUUCACCUACAGGACUGACACCUAAUGCACUCGAAGACAGUCAAAAAUCCAUUGCGAAGAUUCGCUCGGAGCUGUCGCUAGCGAUUGAUAAGGUAUUCUAUGUCGAGGUGUGUGAUGGCGAGCGGUUGGAUGCACCACUAUUACCUGGUCAUGCUUGGUAUAAUGCUGAACAACCACCUCGCAUGUCAUGGUCGAGAAAUGCUAGACUCUUUCCUUUUGAGAAACCGGGUUAUCUACCUGUCUUGGAGAUCCUCGAAGCCGUCUGCGAAGCUGGGUAUACAGGGCACAUCUCCUUCGAGUUGUUCUCAAGGACAGCGAAUCAGCCUGAUAAGGAAGUGCCUGAGCAGCAUGCCAAACGUGCAGCUAUGGCUUGGCAGAAGCUCUCGCAACAUAUGAGGUGGGACUCACCUCGCUCCAUCCCUGAAGAUGGUCAUCGCACACCGACAUCUGUUGACGCCGUGAAGAACAACUCGGCUUGUCAGGACUGGGAUUACUCAAGUCCAAGGCUGUGAUGUGCUGUAUCCGUUCCGUCUUGUGACGAAUUGCCUUUUGAGCGACACUUGAUGCGCUGUUUGAUUUACAUGCAUAUAUAUCGUAAGCGGCUGGCGUUCCUGAAUACCUCUUAUACUUUACACUAUAUGAAUAUAUGUUCUCUACACGAU